AUGCCUGGUCUCGACCUUCAGCAUGAGCCCCUCGCGGCUGACGACGUGAGAAUCCUGGGACAGGAUCCCCUGAUCCCCCCCGCGCUUCUCUCUUCUGAGAUCCCCAUGACCGAGAAGGCUCUCCAGACUGUUGUCAAGGGCCGUAAUGAGGCUGCCAACAUCAUCAUGGGCAAGGAUGACCGUCUCCUCGUCGUCAUCGGCCCCUGCUCCAUCCACGACCCUGCCACUGCUCUCGAGUACUGCGAGCGUCUCAAGGAGAUCUCCAACCGCCUGUCCUCGGACCUCUGCGUCGUCAUGCGUGCCUACCUCGAGAAGCCCCGUACUACCGUCGGCUGGAAGGGCCUCAUCAACGACCCUGAUAUCGACUCCACCUUCCAGAUCAAUAAGGGCCUGCGCGUCUCCCGCACGCUUUUCCGCGACCUCACAACUGCAGGCAUGCCCAUCGCCAGCGAGAUGCUCGACACCAUUUCUCCUCAGUUCCUUGCCGACUUCAUCUCGGUCGGCGCCAUCGGUGCCCGCACUACCGAGUCCCAGCUUCACCGUGAGCUGGCCUCCGGUUUGUCUUUCCCCGUCGGUUUCAAGAACGGCACCGACGGCAACCUGGGUGUUGCCAUCGACGCCAUUGGCGCGGCUGCUGCCAAGCACCACUUCAUGGGUGUCACGAAGCAGGGUCUGGCUGCCAUCACCCGCACCAAGGGCAACGAGCACGGAUUCGUUAUCUUGAGAGGUGGUUCCAAGGGUCCCAACUUCGACAAGGAGAACGUCCAGAAGGCUAAGGAGACGCUUACCAAUAAGGGCCAGAAGCAGGCCAUCAUGAUUGACUGCUCUCACGGUAACUCCAACAAGGACCACCGCAACCAGCCCAAGGUUGCCGCUGUUGUCGGCGACCAGCUGAGAGAGGGCGAGAAGUCCAUCAUCGGCGUCAUGAUUGAGUCCAACAUCAACGAGGGCAACCAGAAGGUCCCUGCCGAGGGCCCUGCUGCCCUCAAGAAGGGCGUCAGCAUCACUGACGCCUGCAUCGACUGGGAGUCCACCAUCACCGUGCUCGAAGACCUUGCCUCUGCUGUUCGCGCCCGUCGUGAGGUCAAUGCCGGCUCGGCUAACCCCCAGUCGCCCAAGGUUACCCACCUUGAGGAGGAGUAA